AGCUACAUCCUGCGCUGUUCUCCGAGAGACCAUCUGAAACUAAAAAGCGACUCGCAAACUUUCUGUCGGCUAAGGCGUUUAGGAGGGUGGCUUAAAGAGUUGUAUUGACUUCCAGCGCGAUUUUAUAUGCGAUUGAACCGUGUUUUCAGAACAUUGAUGCAACCUUAACCGCAGUAACAAGUUGUUCGCUUCAUCGAAACAUCAGCAGAAAUCAUGACGGCGGCGCAGCAUCAGCUAAAUUUGGACUACGGUGACUUUGACAUGAGAUUUGAUGUGAAAAAGGAAGCUGCAGCUUUGGGACCGGACCGCUCUUUUAUCCAGCAGUGCGGUGUACACGUGCCAGGCUCCGUGUCCAGCACACCCAUGAGCACCCCGUGCAGCUCCGUGCCUUCCUCCCCGAGCUUCAGCCCAAGCGGACAGAGAAGCGGUGCUGAAGAUCUCUACUGGACCCUGAGCACGGGGGCUUAUCCACAGCACGCAGAUCCCCACUGCCUUGAACUGACACCCGAGGAUGUCCGGGAAGCCUUAAGUGCCAAUCUCAUGCAUGCACACCCUUCUCAGCUCCACCAGGCAGAGAUGGAGCAUGGCUACAGGAGCAUCAGUCAGUUCCACGCACCAAACAUGCAUCAAUUCCAUCAGCAGCAGUACUCCGACCUCGGCCACAAUCCCGAAUUCGCGCACGACAAAAGCGUGGAUCAGUUAAUGCAGCAACUCGACUGUGCACCUCAAGGCGCGACGCACCUCAGGUCGCAUAAUAUCCACCAGCAGACGCACCACAGACGCGGCGAGCGCGCGGAGAGCCGCUUCUCCGACCAGCAGCUGGUGUCCAUGUCUGUGCGCGAGCUCAACCGACACCUCCGCGGCAUGAGCAAGGACGAAAUUAUCCGGCUGAAGCAGAAACGCCGUACCUUGAAAAACCGCGGCUACGCUCAGUCGUGUCGACACAAACGCGUUCAGCUGAAACACAUACUGGAGAACGAGAAGACGAGCCUCGCGACGCAGGUGGAGCAGCUGAAGCACGAGCUCAAUAAGCUGGUGCGCGAGAGGGACGCAUACAAACUCAAAUGCGAGAGGCUAGUUGUCGGAAUGAACUGCCAGAGCAAUGGACCCUGUUGUGAAAAUCCCUCAUCGCCUGAAUUUUUGCGAUAGUUCUGCAUAUAUUUAAUGUUGAUAAAGUUUCUCUUUAAUAAUAUAAAAAACAGCUUAAAAUUGUUUGCUGGUCUGACCAGCAAAACCGUCUUAGACUUCCUUGUUUUUGUCAGCAGAGGAGAAAGUUUUAAUUCUGUUGUUUGGUAUUUUAGCCUAUAUUUUCACUCAACUUUAUCUCUGACAUGUCAAGCUGGUUUUGAUAAUGUAUCUUUUAUCUUCUAGUUUUCACAACAGUCAGUCAUCUCAGCUAUGCAAAUGACAUUUGACCUUUUUGGAAAUAGAUGCAUUGCUUCGGCAAUUUUUGUUUGUUUGAACAUUUUGUAAUUUGCUUCAUUAAUCAGUUGUAUUAUUUGUUCCUCAACUCUUCUGAAGAGUAGACGAUUGUGAUUUGCAUUUCCUUGUCACCUCCAAAAUAAAUUUGUAAAGAAAAAAAAAA